AUGGCUAAGGCGACAGAUGGUGAAGUCAAUGAGAAGAAGAUCUCUAACAGUGAAGAAAUGGAUUUGGUAUUGGAUGGAGGAUUUGUAGUCCCCAAUGCCAAUGCAUUUGGCCACACCUUUAGGGAUUACAAUGCUGAAAGUGAAAGGCAAGAAGGGGUGGAAAACUUCUACAAGACUAAUCACAUUUGUCAAACUUAUGACUUUGUGAAGAAGAUGAGAGAAGAGUAUGGAAAACUGGACAAGGUAGAAAUGGGUAUAUGGGAAUGCUGUGAACUUCUCAACAAUAUUGUUGAUGAAAGUGAUCCUGAUUUGGAUGAGCCUCAAAUUGAGCACUUAUUGCAGACAGCUGAAGCCAUAAGAAGAGACCAUCCUGAUGAAGAUUGGCUGCACUUGACUGGCCUCAUCCACGAUGUUGGGAAGAUUCUUCUUCAUCCUAAAUUCAGCAAGCUGCCUCAGUGGGCUGUUGUGGGUGACACCUACCCUGUUGGAUGUGCUUUUGAUGAUUCAAUUGUUCACCACAAGUAUUUCAAGGAAAAUCCCGACUUCAAGAACCCUAAGUACAAUACCAAAAACGGAGUUUACAGUGAAGGUUGUGGACUUGAGAACGUUUUGAUGUCAUGGGGGCAUGAUGACUACAUGUAUAUGGUGGCGAAAGAAAAUAAAACUACUUUACCCUCAGCUGGUCUUUUCAUUAUCAGGUUCCACUCAUUUUACGCUAUGCAUAGGUCAGGAGCUUACAAACACUUGAUGAACAAGGAGGACAUGGAGAAUUUGGAAUGGCUAAAAAUCUUUAACAAGUAUGAUCUAUACAGCAAGAGUAAGGUCAGAGUCGAUGUCGAGAAAGUCAAGCCAUAUUACCUCUCUCUCAUUGAAAAGUAUUUUCCAGUAAAGCUAAGGUGGUUUACCGGGUAA